AUGUCUUACCCAAAUUAUUCUCUGACCGAUUCCAUUCGCGCCGCACUUGCGGCACAUGGGGUGCGGAAUGCUCGUGUCGUCAUUGAUUUGUUACCGGCGAACGGGCAAAUGGGUGUCAGUGGCAAUGAAAACGGAAUGAACGGCGAUUGGCAUGUCGUGCAGCCAGACGACAUGGAAAUCAUCAUCAACGAGCGGGAGGGGGUACUGUUGAUGGACGGUACACCGGCGCAGCAACCGCUGGAGCCGCCGAAGACGCUUCCGCCGCCACGCGCUCACUCGCCGUCUGGAACAGUCAGCGCACCGCCAGAUCUCCUGGUGGGAGGUGACGGCGCGCGGCAGCCGAAGAAACACCACUCUCGAGAGAAGGUGGAGGGCGGUAACGGCUAUGAUUUUAUGGAAAACGUGGUGGAACCCACAACAAAAUCAGAUGAUGCGCUGCCACACGGGUCUUUUGUCGGCGAUGUACCGUCGAGCGGGUCCUUUGAACGAAAGUUCCCCAUUGUGCCUUUGGAGAAUCUCCAUAAAGUUUCUCUGUCGAGUGAUCUACCAAGGGGCGAAGGGGCGGGCGAGGGGUUGCCGCACGAUCCAACGACGCCGUUGCCCAGUUCCAGUUUGUUGAAGUCACCAUCCACGCUCUUUUCAACCCCUCAGGCGCCAGAUGAUCGGCGUGAGUUGAGGAGCAAUUCGUCUUCGUUACCGGCGACUCAGCCAGGAAGCAACCGCAAGACAAGCGUUGUACUUGUAGAGAAGCUGAAGGCACCGGCGCCGCCUGUGAAGACCACACCGUCUGGCCUUAUGCCUGUUUUCAGCAUUCUCAACACAGAGCACAGUGAGCAACUUGAACGCCUACCUAGCAAUGCCAGCUCACGGAAGGUCAGUAGCGUGCACCUGGUGGAAUCGCCAUUCGUGGAGGAACUGAAGCACCAGCCCCACGUCGUUGAGGGGUCGGAGGCGGUUCGAAAACCGGGCAUUCUUGUCACGGGGGCGUCAUCAAAGACGGGGCAGACUGACGCAAAGCCUGGAGUCGUAGGUGGGAAUGGUGAAUUGAAGUUUCCCCAUGUCGGUGAGCAGAGCAGCCAAAUGUCAGUAUCCAGCGAAAUCAACGCCAGUGUUAACGACAAGAUGCUCAAGACCCCAACAUCACAUGUAGAUUUCUGGAAGCUCAGUGGCAAGCAGCGUCUGCAGGAGAUGCUGCAGGAGCAGCGGGAGAUGGAGCAGCAGGACAGGUUAAGUCGUGCGAAGCACGAGGAGAUUAUUGAGGAGGCACAAAAGUUUUUGCAGAGGCUGGAGCAAAAUAAAAUGGCAUCCAGGGAUGAAGGUGAAUUGCCCUCACUGCCGCAAAUUAGUCUGCGUACCGGUCCAGCGUCUUCUCGCCCUGUGGCGGCGCUCUGUGCAUCCCCUCACUGUUCAUCGCUAUCGCCCAGCAACGCAAACGGCGUAAAUGGCAUAAAAGUUCUCAGGUUUACGCUGCCGGCAAGUGGAAAGGCGAAGGAGGAGGUGGUGAGUCAACUGAGCACCAGCCCGGGGGGCUCCCAACACCUGUCCAGCAAAGACAAGUACUCUAUGCUUCUUCAGGAACAGGAAAGGAUCCUGCGGCAGAAUGAGGAGGGUGAGGACGAGUACAAGAAAUUGGUGGAGCGGGCUGUCGCAUUUCAUGAGCAGCGGAAGGAGCAGAUGCGUCUGCACGAGGAACAGGGGUCUGAGGAGGAUGAAGAAGAUGAUCCCGUUAAAUUGUGA